UUGUAAGUAGUGGGGGAGGGAAUACAAAACAUUAAAACAUACAUUCCGAUAAUUAUCAUAAAGAGAAUGAGCAGCUGGCUUUCACGAGUAGCCAGAGCUCAAGUUAAAACCCAGUUUUAAAUUAUCUGACAUUGAAUAGUUAUAAUCAUUUAAUAAAUUGACUUGUAAUAACUGUCAUUGUCAAGUUAUGAUAUUUAAUAUAUUAUUAAGUUAUUACCAAAGUACAUAUUGUAUUAAAUAUCAAGACUAUUUUUAUCACUUAUCAGUUCAUUAUCGUAGUAUUUUUUGGAAACUAAAAACUGCUAUUUCGGAGUGAUAGUUUAUUGAUAUUUAAUAGUUAAGUGCAACUUUAUUAUUAUUUUUUUUUAAAAUAAACAAUGGGAAUCAACGAUUUGAUAUACUGGUACCAAAAAAAAAUAGGAACUUAUGACAAACAACAAUGGGAAAAAACAGUUGAACAAAGAAUAUUUAGCGGAUUAAAUAAUGUUCCAAUGAGGACGGCUAAAUUAAAAACUGAGUUUAUUGACGUUGAUUUAGUACGAGGUUCAUCAUUUCCAAAAGCUAAACCCAAACAUGGUUUGAUAACCGUUACUUGGUUGGCUGCUAAAAGAUUAAUUUUACUGCCAUUGUUCCAGAGUUGGUGGAUUCAACAAACCAGUUCAAGAAUAUUUUUAUUAUUUAUUUUACUCUAUAGUUUACAAAUUUUCAAUAUUUUUAUUUUUAUCACUGGCGCCAACUUCAAUGAAUCUGAUAUUGUUUCGUUGGCUGAAAUUUUGAUGCCAGUGGCGAUGAUGUUCGUUCUCUGUACAGUACACAGUCAGAUCGUGUCAACAAAUUCUGGUCCAACUGUUUCUACGAGUAUAAACCGGUCACGUGUACGGAGAUCUAGGCAUGAAAGAACGCGACCUGGUAAAUUGAGAUCACGGAACAAUCAGCGCAAUAAUCGAAUGACAAGUGAUUUAAAUAAGACAUCGCAAGAGACUGUUUGCUGUGAUAGUGUUAAAAAUUAUUCCAGCGUCUCGCAGUCUGUGAGAUUUGCUAAAAAAGUUUGUAUUGAUACUUCAACGAUAGGAAGACGAGUUGAAAGUAAAAAUCCAAGUCCACCCAAAGAACUUAAAAUUUCUGCAUCUUCACCGAUUCGGGAUCCAGUUGUGAAUAGAUUAAGAUUAGCUGUUAAUGUUGGAGUGAAUGUGGAAAAUGUUGAUGUCGUGCAUCAGGAUGAUGACGGGUUUGAAAGUCUUAAUGGUAACGUGUCUAGUGACAAUGAUCGGGCUAGUUUACGGCCUCAAGUUCCUAAAGAUGAGGAAAUAAAACCGGAAAUAAUUACUUCCUCUAGUAGCGAUGAAAAAUGUGUAAAUAAUUCGAGUGAAAGCUCACGUAUUUUAAAUACUGAUGUUCCGAAGACCAAUGAUAUUAAUUUACCGGAACCAUGUGAUUCGAGUAAAGAUAUUAACUCAUCAAAGCCGUUGGAGAGUGUGAGGCAAUUUGAGAGUGAGGAGGAAGGUGAGUGCGAAGAAACUGGGACAAAUCAAUUGACUGAAGCAACAACAUCUGCCACUGAAUGGAUGGGAGUUACAACUAAUAGUGAUGAAUGUAGUUACAGUUCGGAUCUAGAUGAGUCUCAGCCACACAGCGACAGUAAUUUCAGUUACGGUGAAUUUAUCGAGCAUCCUUUUUCAUGGGAAUUAGAAUUACCGCCUUCUAUUUCAUUGAGCUCAAGUUGUAUGACGUCUGAUCGUGUUACUUGCACACUUUGGACAAGACGAGAAAUAAAAAAAGCAGAGUUAUCAGUACUUGAUAUAAGCUCAGCAAUAAUAGCACGGGCUGAAUCAAUGCCCGAGAGCUUGGAUUAUUUUUACAGUGGGUUAGUAUUCUCAAUAAUAUUGGCUGUGAUACCGGCAGUAAGAAGACUCAGUGAUCAUUAUGGAUCCGAUACUGGAAAUUCCACAAAUUCAAUAGUCGAUGAUUUAACUCUUAUUGAUUUAGAUAUUUAUAUUGAUUUUUUAAAAGAAGCAAUUGACGUUUCAUUCGGCAGUACUCUGUGGGAGAGAACAAUUGUCCUGAUUUUAUCAUUCGAAAGAUUAAUACUCUCAUGCAUUCUAUUUUUUCUUCUUGCUGUCGCUGAAAAGACUUUCAAACAGAGAUUAUUAUACGCAAAAUUAUUUUCACAUUUAACAUCAUCUAGACGUGCAAGAAAAUCCGACUUACCGCACUUUAGAUUAAAUAAAGUUAGAAAUAUUAAAACUUGGUUAAGUGUCAGGUCUUAUUUAAAGAGACGAGGACCACAAAGAUCCGUUGAUGUGAUUGUCUCGGCUGUGUUUAUUGUUACUUUACUUUUAUUAUCAUUCGUCAGUUUAGAAUUAAUUAAAGAUUUAGAAAGUUUACAUUCAAGAUAUAAUAUUGAAGCGCUUCUUUGGAGUUUUACACUCGGAAUAUAUAUUUUGCGAUUUAUGACUCUCGGUACUAAAAUAAAUAAAAAGUAUCGGAAUCUCUCUAUUUUAAUUACUGAACAAAUUAAUCUUUACUUACAAAUAGAGCGAAAACCUCACAAAAAAGAUGAAUUGACAGUAGCUAACAGUGUUCUUAAAUUAGCCGCUGAUUUGAUAAAAGAACUGGAGAGUCCAUUUAAAAUAUCCGGUCUCUCAGCUAAUCCCUACUUGUACACAAUAACAAAAGUCGUACUACUAUCAGCAUUAUCAGGAGUACUAUCAGAAUUAUUGGGAUUUAAAUUAAAGCUUCAUAAAAUAUCAAUAAAGUGAUUAUUUAUUAGUAAAUUAAAUUAAAACGCAAAUUAAUUACACUAGAGAUUUAAAAACACUCGACUAAAAGUCCUACUUUGAAUUAAAAAACAUUAUUUAGUGAACGAAUAUAUAUAUAUAUAUUUAUAGAUAUAUAUGUACGUAUGUAUAGAUGUAUAUCUAUAUUUUUGGCAAUAAUUAUAGAAGAUAAAAUAUAUUUAUAGUAAUGUCACUAGGACAUUUAAAUUAAUUGUGCAAUUGAUAUUAUAUAUAAAUAAUUAUAAAGUUAAGCAGUUCACUUUGGAAUGUGAUAAACGCUUUAAGAGCUAAAACAAAACUUGAUAAAGAUCUCCAUGUCAUUAUUAUUAAGAUUAAAAUGAAAGAAAAUUAUAUUUUUUUUCGCGUACCUGGAUCGCGUAUUGUUUUAAAUCAAUAUGUAA